GUGGAGAGCAUUGUCUGAUUUGGCAAACAUUGCUGGCAAUAGGACCUACGUGGCGAUAGAAUACACGCGGUGAGGGAUAGAAAAUCCUGACGAAAGGGAUCUCAUAGAGUGAAAAAUUUAUAGAACGACCUCCGGCCACGCAGAAACGAGAUGGCACAACUGCUACGCGCCUAUAAUGCAGCUCUGCUCAGAAGACCCAUGCUGGUCCAAUGUAUCACGGCUGCCGGGCUCUUUGGGACUGGAGAUGUGAUCGCCCAGCAGUUGGUGGAGAAGAAAGGGUUGGAUAACCACGACUUCGCCCGCACAGCCCGACUGACGUUCUACGGAGGAGCCAUGUUCGGUCCCUUGAUGACCAAGUGGUACGAAUUCCUCAACCGGCUGUAUUUCCCCAGCCCGACCAAAGCUUUGGUUUAUCGGUUGUGGCUUGACCAAGCACUACUUACGCCGGUCGCCGUGAUUUUCUUCUAUGGAUCGAUGAGCACGCUGGAAGGAACACCGGAGAAGGCGUUCGGACGAAUACAAGAGGCGUACGUCCCGACUCUCAUCCGUAACUGGGGAGUCUUCAUUCCCACCCAAAUCGUGAACUUUACGGUUGUACCACCGCAUUUGAGGAUGGUCACCGUUGGUGUCGUCAGCUUGUUCUGGAAUACCUACCUCAGUGUGGCGAAUACUCGUGCUCAAAAGGCGCUCGAAGGAGGAGACUUGUCGAUCGUCAAGUCUUCCUCUGCAACCACUCCCGUUGCAGCACCCCGUCCUGGAAGCCCUGUCGAUAUUUCCAAGAAGGAAUCAUAA